AUGCAAUUAAGGAACAAGUAUUAUAAUAAGGUAAUAAUAGCAUUGUUGGUACUUCCUUUUUUAUUUGUUAAUUCGUAUUAUAUAAAACAAGCUAAUUGUUUACAUAAAAAUUAUAACACCUGUAUGUUCAGAAGAAAUAAUUUGUUUUUUGUACAUGAGAAAAAAACAAAGGGAUUUUAUAAUAAGCAGCAUAGAAACAAUACAAAUAAAAAAAAAAGAAAUAAAAUAAAUUUUAAAGAUAAAAAAAAAAUCUUCCCUUUAUUUGCUAGUUGCUUUAAUUUAGUGAAUUACUUUAAUAAUGUAACGAGGGAGGACGAAAAAAGAGAAAAAAAAAAAGAAAAAAAAAAGAGUAAUGUUGUUAACUUCAUAAAUAUAUCCUUUAAAAAAAAAAAGGGGAUAAAUAAAUCCAUAGAAUGUUAUAAACAGAUACACUCAAUAGAUGGUAGCAACGAUAUAGAUGAAAAACUGGACAAAGGAGAUGAAAUAAACAUUCAAGAUACUAAGGAAAACAGUAUAAAUAAACUUCAAGUAUAUGAAAGAUCAAACUUGAAUGAAAAUGUGAAUGAAGAAGAAAGAAUAAAUAAAAAUGAUAAGAAGAACAGAAAGAGGUAUUAUAAAUUUACUUCAUGGAAUAACACAAAUGAGAUAAAGAAUUUCGACUUAGAAAAAUAUAAUAUUCAUAACGAAUCAACAGAGAAGGAAGCGGCUACACAGGUCUUUCAGUCGGCACAUUAUUCCUUUAUAAAGAGGGGCGUCUCUCCGGUUGGAGAGAGUAGUAAUCUUAAAGCAGCUAGUAGUAGCGAUGGUACUAGCAGUUAUGAAAGCAAUAGUAAUGGAAGUAGCAGUAAUGGUCGAAGUGGAAGCAGUGGUAGCAGUGGUAGUAGUGGUAGCAGUGGUAGUAGUGGUAGCAGUACAACGCGUGUGAACAUAAAAAUAAACCAAGAAUUAGUUAACGCCCUAUCCGUUGAAGAGCUCCUGAACAUUCUAGACAAGUAUUGCGGGAGAGCGCACAAAAAUGAGGAAGAUGAAGUAGUAGGAGAAGAAAAAGUUAAAAAAGUGGAAGGGAAAGAAAAGGAUAUAGAAGAUGUAGUAGACUUAGUAGAUGCAGACUUAGUAGAUGCAGACUUAGUAGAUGCAGACGUAGUAGAUGUAGAUGCAGUAGAAGUACAAGAUAUAGACGUAGUAGGGGUAGAGGAGAAAAAAAAAAAAAAGAGUAUUUUCAAUGAAGUAAACUUGGUAACAGCAUAUCAUCGAAUAGCCAAGCAUGUCAAAAAUAAAAACUACUUCCUAAAUGAAAGUGCAAACCAAGAGAAUGCAAUGGGCAAUUGCUUCGACCCAGUGACCUUUAGUUUGUUUGAAAAUUAUGCCAAUGUGAACAAUGAGGAGCAAGGAGGUUCGAAGCAACCCCUUAACUCCAUUCAGAAUGGCAGCAAAGUGAAUGAGCAGUUCACGCGUUUGGUGCAGUAUCCCAUUUCCAAUGGGGGGGAAGAAGCACAAAAGGAAGCGGUAGAAGAAAAGAUAAGGCAACAGAGACGGAAUAAACAACAACCCCAUGAACUGAGGCCAGCACUGCUGGAGGAUAAAAGGAGUAAGGAGCUGAUGUACAGUAACCACAUCAGUCUGUGUAACAUAGAUAUAUACAGAACAAUGUACCAAAAAUUGAAAAAAAAUUUAAUGCAAAAUUCAAUGAUGACUCCUAAGCAUGUAGCAAACAUAGCAUGGGCAUCAGCAAUUUUAUCAAACAAUGAUAUGGAUGUUUGGAGUUAUAUAAAAAAGCAAUUUUUUGAAAACUUAAAUAACUAUAAGCCGCAGGAGGUAUCAAUUACUAUAUGGUCUUUCAGUGCAACUAAAAAUGAUUUAAUUAAAACGAAUGAAGAAUUUAUAUUAUUAUAUAAAUGUAUAGAAAAAUAUAUAAGUGAGAAUAAACUUAAGACACAAGAAUUUAGUAAUAUCAUUUGGGCUUUUGCUGUUUCGAAUUACUGUAAUUAUGAUUUACUAAUUAUGCUGUAUAAUUAUGCAUUAAAAAUAUUCGAUAAAUUUGUACUAAAGGAUAUAGCAACUGUGUUGUAUAGCUUAUCCUUAUUUGCUUCUGACUGUGUUAAUAAAAAUAUUCUGAACGCUGUUAAGAAUAUGCAUUUAGAAAAGUAUAACAUUAAGGAGGACUACUUAACAAUACAUAAAUUGGGUGCGAAGUGCAAAGAUGGAGAUGCAGAUGAAGAUGCAGAAGAAGAUGCAGAAGAAGAUGCAGAUGAAGAUGCAGAUGAAGAGAUGCCCAAACAGAUAGACAAACAGUUAGAUAAAAAUUUAUUUAAAAACAGCUUCACCCAUUUUGAUCAUACAUAUGACAGUCAUGCAAAUGUUAGUGUUAACAAUUUGGUACAUGAUGAUAGGGCGAAUGAAAAGAAGUAUGUUUUCUUUUUACUUUUUGAAAAUUUUUUAAUGUAUUCUUUAAAAAAAAUUAUGAACGAAAAGGAAAAGAUAACAAUGCGCGUUUGGUCAAACAUCUUCUGGUCAUGUGCCAACGUUGGAUUGGGUCUAUACAACGAUGUUUAUACCGAUCAUCGCUUAUUGAACUAUUACGUUUAUUAUUUGUGGGAGAGUGAUUCCAAAGGCACUCAUCCUCCAAAGGGUGGUUUCAGCAGUGUUAGCACAGUUGGCAGUGGUAGUAAUGAUAGUAGUGGUAGUAAUGAUAGUAGUGGUAGUAAUGAUAGUAGUGGUAGUAAUGAUAGUAGUGGUAGUAAUGAUAGUAGUGGUAGUAAUGAUAGUAGUGGUAGUAAUGAUAGCAGUGGUGGAGACAUUGUGGAAUAUUUCAAGCAGGAGGGUGAUCCGGUUUUUUACUUUUUGCUUAACUCGAGGAACACGGACUGCGAAAAAGGCACAGUAUUUUUACAAAAACGAGAUGAAGAUUUUAGAGUUAAUAAAUCGAAUUUCUUCUUCGAUUAUAAACCAUAUGUUCAUAUUAUUAAGGAUACAUAUGUUUUUCCACUAAAGGCUCAUUUAGAUCAAGAACAGUAUGGUGUUCAAAUGGAAAAGGAAGUCGUUAAAUAUGGUAUGGAUGUCGACUUAGAUAUAUAUAAUAAGGGCAAAAAUAGGAAUAAAUUGCUAUCUCCAUCGAAAAGGAGUAGUGGUAGUAGUAGCACAAGUAGCAGUAACAAUACAAUAUGCACAAAUAGAAAUGUUAAGAAAGUCAAUGUACCCAGAGAUAAUAAUAAUAUUGAUAUUACCAAUAGUUAUAAUAGUCAUAAUAAUUAUGAUAGUUAUAAUAGUCAUAAUAAUUAUGAUAGUUAUAAUAGUCAUAAUAAUUUUGAUAGCUAUAAUAGGACGAAUAAUACUAAUUGUGCGCAUAAUAUUGUGGUGAGCAGCGUGAAAGGAGAAUACAGUUCAACAAAUUAUGCUCCAGCAAAAGAUAUGUUAUGUGAAGCUAAUGAGAAAGAAGAAAAAAUUAUAAAAAGAAACGAGGAAGAACAACAUAAGGAUGCCAUAAAAUACGUAAAUAAGAGAAUUGGUCAUGCUGUUAACAAUAAUCUAUAUAGUAAUGCAUUAUUACGAGAUGUUCAAAAUAAUUUGGUGAAUACAAGUAAAACGAACAGUUCGAACUGUGUAAAAUUUAUGAACGAUCUGAUUAGUGGAGGAACGAAUGUAUAUAAUAUAAUUAAUAAAAAACAAAUCGUUAUAAUAUUAUUACAAAUAUUCGAAUCACAAUUGAAAGAAAAAAAUAUAAAAUGGAUGAGAUGCGAAAUACAAUCUAUUGCUAAUAUAUUAUGGAGUCUUUCAAUAUUAAAUGUAUUUUCAAAAUAUGUAUUUGAAAAUGGUUUAUAUGAAUGUAAUAAAAGAUUUAUAAGAUAUGGUAAGAAAAAGAAUUCAAGUAAAUUACAAUUUUUCAUAUCACAAUUACACCAAUCCCAGUUAUAUCAAGCUGCCUUUUCAUACUGUCUUUAUUUAUUAAAAAAUGAAGAAAGUAGUUUAAAAAAAUUAUUUAAAAAUGAUCAAUAUGUAGGAAAUAAUUAUAUGAAAAAUAAUCUUAUUAUAAAAAAAAAAAUUCAAUAUAUUUUUGAAAAAUAUGUUAAAGUCCCUAUGAUAACUUUGAAUAUAUGGAAAAAACAAUUAGCUAGAAAUCAAAGGAAAGAAGAAAAAAAUUUAAUAUCGUCAUCUGUACAUAAAAAAAUAUCGAACGACUUAAAACACUUGUGCAUCUUUCAUUAUAAUGAGCAUUUCAUUUUAGAUUCAAUUCUUGUUGAUGUGUAUAUACCCCACGGAAAGAUUGUUAUCGAAAUAGAUGGACCCAGCCAUUUUUUGCAAAAAGGAAAAUUGAUUGUUUAUAAACCAAACACAUUAUUUAAGAAAAGAUUAUUGAGAGCACUUGGUUUUACCGUCAUUUCAAUUUCAAUCAGCGACCAUACGUUUAUGUUUAGCGGUUUGAACACAAUAGAUUUUAUUAAUAUGUUUUUAUAUAAAGUGAAUUAUGCUAAAUAA